CAGGAGGCGCCGGGGAUGGGCGGGCUGCGGGGCGGUGCCCACCCGGCGCGGAGCCUAUAAGGCGACCGGAGGCCGCGGUGGGGGGAGCGCCAUGGCCGAGGUGAAGCUGGCCGUGCUGGGCGGCGGUGGAGCCGGCAAGUCGGCGCUGACGGUGCGGUUCCUGACCCGGCGCUUCAUCGGGGAGUACGCGUCCAACGCCGAAUGCAUCUACACUAAACAUUUAUGCCUGGAUGGGAGGCAGAUUCACUUGGAAAUUUACGACCCUUGUUCACAGCGGGGGAAGCUCUCACUCCCAGAUGAGCUGCACUGGGCUGAUGGCUUUAUCGUGGUUUACGACAUCAGUGACAGAGCGUCGUUUGCGUUUGCCAAAGCGCUGCUGUACCGGAUCCGCGAGUCUCAUGUAGGAGCCUGCAAAAAAAUGGUCGAGUCGGCAGUGUUUCUGGUUGGUAACAAACAAGAUCUGUGCCACAUGAGGGAAGUUGGCUGGGAUGAAGGACAAAAGCUGGCAAUGGAUAACAAAUGCCAAUUUUGUGAACUGUCUGCAGCAGAACAUUAUCAGGAAGUUGUGGCAAUGUUCAUGAAAGUCCUGAGAAAUGUCACCUCAAAUUUCAAAGUGAAGGAAAAGAGACGACCAAGUGGAUCAAAGUCAAUGGCCAAGCUGAUCAACAAUAUGUUUGGAAAAAGAAGGAAAUCGGUGUAAAAGAUAGUUAGCCUUGAAGCUGAAAUAACAGAGCACAAGCAGCACUUGGGAUUCAAUCAAUUUCUUCUAAAGGUCUCUGUUUGGAAAGAUAAGAUAGUACAAACCAAAGAUGGAGACACUUUGGUCAAGUGGACAGGGUCUAGACCUAGAAGACUCCAGUUCUGGUUUCCAGUUCUACUAUAGACUUACUGUGUUAGGGCUACAUCAUUUAAUCUCUAAGCUGCCCCUCUCACCCUUUAUCUCACAAGCAGCUUGGAGAAUGAGAGUUUUACCUUGCAUUUAUUCAGCACAAAAGCUAUCUUGGAUAGAGCUUCCAGAUGUCACUGUAGCAAUUAUUUCCAAUAAACUCAGCCUUGUUGACCAACA